AUGGCUGCGCCCUUCAAAGUUAUUAUCGCAGGUGGCGGUCUCGCUGGCUCACUCCUCGCAAACGGUCUCGUCAACCACGGCGUUAACGUGACCGUCUACGAACGUGACGCUGAAGAUGCCAAAAGAGAGGGAUUCCAGAUACGAUUGGGCGACAGCGCCAUGACAGGUUUCAAUGCCUGUCUGAAACCGGCAGACAUUGCGGCUAUCAAGUCGCAAUUCAGUCAAAUGUCUUCCACAGGUCUUACCGCACCGACGUUGAUGAAUACGAGAUUCCAGACUGUGCUUGACUUGGGCAAACUUCCAUCAUAUAGUGCGUCUUCCGCUAUCAAUCGCGUCGUGCUUCGGGACAUCCUAGUUGCUCCCUUGCAGGAGAGGGGCAUCAUCCGGUUCGGAAAAGCAUUUGAGGGGUAUGAAGUUUUCCAAAGCAACGAUGGGCAAGAAAAUGUGAGGGUUCAUUUCGCCGACGGCACUACUGAUACAUGCGAUAUUCUUGUUGGAGCAGACGGAAGCGGGUCAAGGAUCAACAAGCAAGUGGGAGCUCGGAAUAUUGUGUCAAUUGACAGCCAUGCCAUGAUUCUCAGUAAAGGCCCUCUGCCCGAGGAUUGGACGGAGAAGCUACCUGAGCGUUUGACUGAAAGUCCGCUCAUGGUAUUUGCCGGUGGUGUGUCCAUGUUCUACGCGUUGUUCCUACCCGCUGCAGACGAGGCGACCCAGAAAGCCGGAAAUGGCGCUAGAUAUAACACAAGGGAUGCCUCCUAUUACUGGGGCGUUUUGAUUCCCAAGGAGAAAAUGCCGACCGAUGACUGGAACAAGGUGGAAGAUCCCUUGGGGAUAUGUCUCGAUGCAACCCGAGACUGGGCACCCGAAUAUCGAACGAUGUUGACGACAGGUUUCGACGGCAAGAGCAGAGACCUCGUUACUGUAGCACGCAUGCGAGCAAGCAACAGACUUGCGAAAACGUGGCGGAACAAUGUCAAUCGAGCAACUGGCGACGAGGGACACCCUCGAGCCACCCGUUGUACUGACACGACGUGCCAUGCUAGGGGGAUGGGAGGCAAUCAAGCUUUUCAUGAUUGCGCCGACGCACUGUCUCACAUACUCGCCCUCAAAGGAAAGGCUGAUUCUGGUGUCCAACCAUCGACACAAGAUAUCAGUGUGGCAUGCAGUCAGUAUGAGCGUAGAGUCAUCGACCGAGCGUUUCAAUGGGUCCGCAAGAGCGGAGGAACCAGUGUGCCUAUGAUAAACUUAGAUGGAUGGCUUGGGUCUUUGGUCUGGAUGCUUGGCUCGCUUUUGGUGUCGGCAUACAUCUUUAUGGCUCGAGUCUUGAAGUCCGGGGCGAGACAAUGA